AUGUAUGCCACUUUCCUGUGCUCAGGGGACCGGCUCCGGUCUGUUUCACAGCCUGCAGGGGGCUUUUCGCACUGUAGCGGUCGUGUGGACCGGUCUGCAGGGGGGCCUGUCACACUAUCGGUGGUGCGGACCGGGCUGCAGGGGGCUUGUCGCACUGUAUCGGUGGUGUGGACCGGGCUGCAGGGGGCUUGUCGCACUGCUAUCGGUGGUGUGGACCGGUCCUUAUCGGUUGUGUGGACUGGUCUGCAGGGGGCUUGUUGCACUGUAUUGGUGGUGUGGACCGGUCUGUAUCGGUUGUGUGGACUGGUCUGCAGGGGGCUUGUUGCACUGUAUCGGUUGUGUGGACCGGUCUGUAUCGGUUGUGUGGACCGGUCUGUAUCGGUGGUGUGGACCGGUCUGUAUCGGUGGUGUGGACCGGUCUGUAUCGGUUGUGUGGACUGGUCUGCAGGGGGCUUGUUGCACUGUAUCGGUUGUGUGGACCGGUCUGUAUCGGUUGUGUGGACCGGUCUGUAUCGGUGGUGUGGACCGGUCUGUAUCGGUUGUGUGGACCGGUCUGUAUCGGUUGUGUGGACCGGUCUGUAUCGGUUGUGUGGACCGGUCUGUAUCGGUGGUGUGGACCGGUCUGUAUCGGUUGUGUGGACCGGUCUGUAUCGGUUGUGUGGACCGGUCUGUAUCGGUUGUGUGGACCGGUCUGUAUCGGUGGUGUGGACUGGUCUGUAUCGGUGGUGUGGACCGGUCUGUAUCGGUGGUGUGGACUGGUCUGUAUCGGUGGUGUGGACCGGUCUGCAGGGGGCUUGUUGCACUGCUAUCGGUGGUGUGGACCGGGCUGCAGGGGGGGUUCGCACUGUAUCGGUGGUGUGGACCGGUCUGUAUCGGUGGUGUGGACUGGUCUGUAUCGGUGGUGUGGACUGGUCUGUAUCGGUUGUGUGGACCGGUCUGUAUCGGUUGUGUGGACUGGUCUGCAGCGGAUCCUUUGUAAAUGGGCUCUGAGGGUUUUUACACGUCGUGUGCAAUCAGUUCUUUUUGUUCCUGUGUGUGACCAUCUUUUCUUUCUUUUUUAUGUAAACAUCACUUCACUGUUUGGAGGCUGGGAGGGAUGGAGCCUUUUGUGACGAGCUUAAAAGAUAACUUGAGUUUUCACAGUUUAAGGGGUGGACAAACCGUAUUUUCACAGUUUUGUAAAUUAUUCUAGUAGAUUACAGCACCUCAGAUUGUGUAAUUAUUUAAACAAAGAAUACUGUACGCAUUAUACAGUGGAAUAUAUACCUAUGUUUUAAAAUG